AAUUUUUUUUGGAUAUCAGUUUGAAUCUUUUUGAUAUCGAAAUCAAAAUAUUUUUUGUUACAUAUGACAAAUAAAACUUUAGUUUUGUCGAAUAUUUUUAUCGGAUUUCAGAAAAACCAAAUUUAAUCCAAAAUAUUAAACAAAAUGGGCACUGGAUACCAAAUGCUUAGAAGAAUGCUCAACUUAACAUGUCAUGUUUUAAUUGGAAUUCAUUUAUAUAUGCUUUGUUGGUACAGUAUAGACUCGUCAGCAAAGGGUUGGUAUAAAGCACACACCGUUCUGUGCGGCGCUGCGAUUGCUUUUUGCUGUGCUGAAGGUUUAUUAAUGUUCUGUCCUGCAAAUUAUACAAGAAUACUGUCUGAGAGAUCCCAUAGAAUACUGCACAUAAUAUGGUUUCUAGUUGCUUCUAUUAUGCUUUUAGUUGGUGUAAUUUUACCAUUUACUGAAGACGCAAAACUGAAAGGAGCACAUGCUUUCUUAGGUUUGACAUGCCUGAUUUUGAUCAUUAUUUCAACCAUAGUAGGAUUGAUGAUGUUGGCGUCCUCAUUUCGCGAUAGAAAGUCAAUAAGAUUGGUACAUAGUAUCAUUGGAAUAAUCGGCUAUAUUUUAGGCAUUAUAACAUUAUGCCACAUAUAUAUAAAAUUAUGCGAUGGUCAUAUAAAAUUAUCAAAUAUUUGUGGCCAUGAUUGGCAAAUGGUAGUAAUGCUUGUUGCGAUCGGUGUUAUUUCUUUAAUUGCACCUGUGGAAAUUUUAAUUGGACGUGGUGGUGACUUCGACUGAAUUUCCCUCUACUGACUUAAUUCAUUUGAACAUAAUUGUUUAGUAUUUUGGAUUGACAGUGUACAAUAAAAACUGAGUGUUGAUGUACCAUAUAACCUCUCAAGUGAUGUUUAA